ACGGCGUCUGCUCGCCUCGGUAAAGCGUCUGUUGUUGCUCGGUUGAAACUACAGUACUCUUCCUUCAAGGCUGAACGUCCUUUUGUAUCAUCUUAGAAAAAAUUGACGUCGUUGUCCUCUAACUGAGUCGUUUUCCAUCCCAUCAGACAUCAUGUUCGGCAAGUCUACUGUAUUGUCGUUGGCGAGAAGAGGUUAUGGUCUAAUGAACUACAACCCCUCGUUACCCCUGGCUCAAUCAUUCUCAUCGAAAUCACCAGCGACACAGGUCGUUUUUGCCGAUGAUGGGCGAACACUAGUUUGCUGGCACCCUGAGCCAGAAUUCCCCUAUGAACAUACACUGCCCAUUCCUGAAGAAGCCCAACAAACAGCUCUUCUUAAGGAAUUGAACAAAGGCUUCAGAGAUGUUUCACAUUUGGAGGGCAUGAAAGAAGAAUUAGCUCGGGAAGAAUUGAUGAAAAUGACAAGUACUACCAAGCACCGAUGGUUCCCACGAUUGCAAAAGAAGAAAGCUAAGAAGACACCCAGGGAGCGCCCAUAUCUUUAAGAAUAAAAAGAAAAUUUCUACCAUCCCUUUGUUUAGUUGUCGUAUUUCCCAUGUUCAAUAAAAGUUUAUUUAAAAAGAA